AACGUCAAAGACGUCAAACUUUAACGCCGCCAUCUUGUAGUUAUAACUGCGUUACUGUUUGUUACGUUGCGUCGAAACGGUUAUCAUUGUUAACGUUAAUUUAGCUGUUUGAAACCAUGAUGCGGUCUAAAAUGUGGGACUACUUUUUACAAUGUGAAUCCGACGAUGGAGUCAAACGAGCUCAAUGUACAUUUUGCGAGAGACUAUUUAGUUACAACUCGACAACAUAUAACCUUAAAUCGCAUUUGAUGCGUGCUCAUUCGAAAGAAAUUAGUUUAGACAAGGGAACUUCCGAUUUGGAAUCAGUUAACUUGGAAAAACGUAAAUCAGCUUUAAAAAGAAGAAACGUAUCAGUUAUUUGGUCGUUUUUUACGAAAUCAAAUGCUAAUGAGAGACUAGCAACGUGCAAUUUAUGUAGUAAACUUUUUUCUUACAAAACAAGUACUUCCAAUCUUAGUACACAUUUAAAACGACUCCAUCCCAAUGAGUUUUGGGAAAGCAAAACAGAUGACAACGAAAGCGGUGACGAUGAUACUGUAGAGCAAAGUAACAGUGAUGAUGAGCCCAAAUCCACCGAAGAGUCUGAUCCCUGGAGUUUCUUCGAGAAGGAGACGGGAGGACGUGCGCGUUGCGUCGUCUGCCGUGCCUCGCUGCCACAUCGCAUCAAAGACCUGAAGCAGCAUUUGAAGAAUAACCAUCCUAAAUUAGCACAGGGUUUUGACGAAUCGAGUGACAGCGAUGAUCAGAACGAACCGUACACUGAGAUUGUAUAUUUAGACGAAGAGACAAGAACGAUCAAAAAACCUCAAAAAAAUAGCAGAGUUUUCACAACUCCUGUAAAGCCAGCGAAGAUAAGCAAAUUGAGCAAACUGAACACCAGUGACAAUGAGAGACAUGAAGAAAAUGACGACCAAAUAAAAAAAUUCAGCAAUUACGUAGCUUCGUUACUAAAAGAAGUACCGAAAGAUGCUUGCAUGAAACUACAAAUGGAUAUAAUAAAUUUAAUAAUGACGACAAAGUUAAAACUACCCACAGAGGAGAGGAAGAUUAUAAUAGACGGCGUCCCUGUUGCUAUACAAGCGGUGCCUGGUGCUGAGUUUAUAAUGACUGUGCCGACCACAGCAUCUGGGGUUUCCACGCCUAAUACAACAGUAAACCACAAGCCAACAGUUCCCGAAGACACAAAACCGAUAAACAAUGAAUAUAGGGAUUUGCCUAAAUUAUGAUCUUUAAAAAACAGAAGACUUAAUAGUAAAUAAGAUUUUUUCUAUUUUUUAGUAAACUAAUGAAGAGAACAAGCAGGAUUUUGUUAUAAAAUACUUGAAAUGCAAGUACAAAAAUGUGUAUUUUGAGUAAAAUAGCUCACAUUUUUCUUUUUUACUUCUAUCUUAAACUAUUUGGGAAGUGUGCAAGGAGGUUGAAUUAAAAGAGGUUUCAGUAAAAAAAAACUUGAGAGACUCCUUCGGGAAUAUAUAAUGCGAUACAAUUUAUGUAUUGCGAUGUUUUUGUCAUGAUUCUAAAAACUUCGUUUUAGAAGUUAAUCUUGGUUUGCAA